CCGGAAGGUUUGUUCUGCCUUUCUACCUCCUACUCUUUACUUGAUUUGGCUAUUUCCCUGAGCAAGAUCCGUCUCACCCUUUUGCAAUCGGUAAACCAGUUCUUUCGGACACAAAUGCCUCCGAAUACUGCCGGGGCCCUGACUGGGAACCGUUUUGUUAUUGUCUUUCUCAGCAUUACCUCACUGGCCAUUGCCAGUCUCAGUUCUGCCACUGCACACUUUUCGACCGUUCUGCGAGACCGCGCAAAAUUCGACCUCGUCACCCCCAGCAACGCUAGUUUGCAUAUUACAUUCGAAAGGCUCAUGGAAAACGUCCGCCAGGACAUGGUGAUUGUGGCCCUCAUCUCAGCCCUGUUUUCCAUUUUCGGGUUUGUCCUUGUGAUUCACCCGAAGUGGCAACAAGAAAACUGCUACCUUCGAAAUUACUACGGCUUAUUCCAACUCUUCGUCGGCUUAACCGUUCUCUCUAUAGGGGCUUAUGUUGCCAGCCGUGUGCGUGGUUUUCAAACUUCUUUUUCAAUCUUUGAGAAUGAGGGCCACUUUGAAUAUUACAAUAUCAUGUAUCAUGGAGCCGUUAGCCAGGCCGCUUUCGGGGUUCUAGUGGCCAUCGUGUCUCCCGUGCGCUUUCUACGUGACCUGCGCAGCCGCUAG